UAUGCACAGGGAGAGCGUUUCUCGGGAGGCUGCCUCUAUAAUGAGCUGAUUGAGCUGCGCCUGCAGCAGGGCUGUUCUCCUGGGGGAAAAGUUGGGCGCCAGAACUGAGCAGCUUUGUGUCCCCGGCUCCACGGAGGCUUGGCCGGCCUCCCUGAGGAGGAGCAGAGCCAGCGGAGCGCUCGCCACGCUCAGGGAUGGCAGCAGGUCCAGCCAGGAGGGAUCCUCGUCUAUGACAGCAGCUGGUGUCCGGUGCUGGUCCAAAAGCUGUAAAGAGCAUACCUGGCACACGUAAGGUCUGCAGUAACUGGGAAUCCUGUCCUUCCAGCUGCUCCAGAGGGAUUUACUUUCCCAUAAAGGUGCUGGACAUGGACACAGAGGAUGACCCCUUGUUGCAGGACGCCUGGCUGGAGGAGGAGGAUGAAGAGGUGGCCUUCAGCUCCCGCAAGAGGCGAGAGGGUGCUGUGUUGUGUGGGAAAAGCCCGUGCAGGGUCAGGCCCCUGCGUGUCACCCUGCCCGUGUCUGGCUUCUGGAAUAUUGUUGGCUGGGUGUUUACCAACCCCUACUGCGCUGGCUUCAUCCUUUUCCUGGGCUGUGCCAUCCCUGCUGUGCUGGCUGUUGUCAUGUUCCUGCACUACCCGGCCCUGGAUAUCGACAUCUCCUACAACGCCUUCGAGAUCCGCAACCACGAGUCCUCGCAGCGCUUCGACGCUCUCGCCCUGGCCCUCAAAUCCCAGUUUGGGUCCUGGGGCAGGAACCGCCGGGACCUGGCUGACUUCACCUCCGAGACCCUGCAGAGACUCAUCUUCGAGCAGCUCCAGCAGCUUCACCUCAACGCCUCCCACCUCGGGGUCAGCGCGCGGGUCAGGCGGAGUCCCCCCGAGGGCAGGACGAGCUCCCCCGAGCCCCGUGUCCACCCCAGCCCAGGGAACAGGACGUCCCGGGUCGGGAGGGGAGCCCCACGCUGGGACUACUCCAGCACGUACAUCAGUGCCAACACGCAGGCUCACGCCCACUGGCGCAUCGAGCUCAUCUUCCUGGCGCGGGGGGACUCGGAGAACAACAUCUUCACCACCGAGCGCCUGGUCACCAUCCACGAGGUCGAGCGCAAGAUCAUGGACCACCCUCGCUUCCGGGAGUUCUGCUGGAAGCCCCAUGAGGUCCUGAAGGACCUGCCCCUGGGCUCCUACUCCUACUGCUCCCCUCCCAGCUCCCUCAUGACCUACUUCUUCCCCACUGAGAGAGGAGGGAAGAUUUACUAUGAUGGCAUGGGACAAGACCUUGCUGACAUCCAAGGGUCCCUGGAGCUGGCCAUGACCCACCCUGAGUUCUACUGGUAUGUGGAUGAGGGCUUGUCUGCUGAGAACAUGAAGAGCUCCCUGCUGAGGAGCGAAAUCCUCUUUGGGGCACCCCUGCCCAACUACUACUCGGUGGAGGAUCGCUGGGAGGAGCAGCGCCGCAAGUUCCAGAACUUCGUCAUCACCUACGUGGCCAUGCUGGCCAAGCAGUCCACGAGCAAGGUCCAGGUGCUGUACGGAGGGACGGAUUUGUUUGACUAUGAGGUGAGGAGGACUUUCAACAACGACAUGUUGCUGGCCUUCAUCAGCAGUAGCUGCAUAGCUGUCUUGGUCUACAUCCUCACCUCCUGCUCAGUGUUCCUGUCAUUCUUUGGCAUCGCCAGCAUCGGGCUGAGCUGCCUGGUGGCUCUGUUCCUGUACCACGUCGUAUUUGGGAUCCAGUACCUGGGUAUACUCAAUGGUGUGGCUGCCUUUGUCAUUGUGGGGAUUGGGGUUGACGAUGUCUUUGUUUUCAUCAACACCUACCGCCAAGCCACCCACCUCAAGGACCUGCGGCUGCGCAUGAUCCACACCAUCCAGACAGCAGGGAAGGCCACCUUCUUCACCUCCCUCACCACGGCUGCAGCAUAUGCUGCCAACAUCUUCUCUCAGAUCCCAGCUGUGCAUGACUUUGGGCUCUUCAUGUCACUGAUUGUGUCCUGCUGCUGGGUAGCUGUGCUCUUCACCAUGCCAGCUGCUCUUGGAAUAUGGACCCUUUAUGUGUCCCCACUAGAGAGCUCCUGCCAAACCAGCUGUAGUCAGAAGUGCACCAAAAAGAGAGCCUUGCACCUGGCUGAAGAUCUCUUCAUUGCCCCAGAGGCCACCCCCAGGGCAGGCAGAGAGACCCUUCCCUACCUUGACGAUGACAUCCCACUGCUCAGCGUGGAGGAGGAGCCUGUCUCGCUGGAAAUGGGGGAUGUCCCCUUGGUGUCUGUGAUGCCAGAAAAUCUGCAGCUCCCUGCAGAGAAGAGCAACAGGGGGCACUUGAUAACCCGCCUGCAGGAGCUGCUGGAACACUGGGUGCUGUGGUCUGCAGUGAAGAGCAGAUGGGUGAUUGUGGGGCUCUUCCUCCUUGUUUUGCUCCUGUCCAUAUUCUUUGCCAGCCGCCUCCACCCCGCCAGCCGUGCUCCUGUCUUGUUCCGGCCUGACACCAACAUCCAGGUGCUGCUGGACCUGAAAUACAACCUGAGUGCUGAAGGCAUCUCCUGCAUUACCUGCUCAGGUUUGUUUCAGGAAAAGCCCCACAGUUUGCAGAACAACAUCCGAACCUCCUUGGAAAAAAAGAAGAGGGGCUCAGGGUCACCCUGGGGAAGCAAAGGCAGCAUAAGUGAUACAGGGCAGCAAGAUCUCCAGGGGACUGUGUACAUCUCCAAGUCCAGGAGCAAGGGAAGACCAGCCAUCUACAGAUUCUCACUCAAUGCCAGUGUCCCUGCGCCCUGGCAGACGGUGGCACCGGGAGACGGGGAGGUGCCUUCAUUCCAGGUGUAUAGAGUGCCUUUCGGUAACUUCACCAGGAAGCUGACAGCUUGUGUGUCCACAGUAGGGCUGCUUAAGCAGACGAGCCCCAGGAAGUGGAUGAUGACCACCUUGUCCUGUGACACCAAGAGGGGCUGGAAGUUCGACUUCAGCUUCUACGUGGCCUCCAAGGAGCAGCAGCGAACACGGAAGCUGUACUUUGCUCAGUCUCACAAGCCCCCCUACCACGGCCGAGUGUGUGUGGCACCCCCGGGCUGCCUGCUCAGCUCGAGCCCGGAUGGACCCACCAAAGGCAUCCUGUAUGUUCCCAGCGAGAAAGCAGCAGCACCCAGGGCGAAGCCGUCGGCCACGUCCGGGUUUAACCCCUGCAUGAACACGGGCUGUGGGAAGCCGGCGGUGCGGCCGCUGGUGGACACGGGAGCCAUGGUGUUCGUGGUGUUCGGGAUCAGGGGCGUCAACCGCACCAGGCGCCCCGACAACCACGUCAUCGGAGACAUGGGCAGCGUUAUCUACGAUGACAGCUUCGACCUCUUCAAAGAGAUUGGCAACCUGUGCCGCCUCUGCAAAGCCAUCGCCAGCAACGAGGAGCUGGUGAAGCCUGGAGGGGCUCAGUGCCUGCCCUCGGGUUACAGCAUCUCCUCCUUUCUGCAGAUGUUGCACCCUGAGUGCAAGAACAUCCCAGAGCCAAACCUGCUGCCUGGACAGCUCUCUCAUGGGGCAGUGGGGGUGAAGGAUGGGAAGGUGCAGUGGAUCUCCAUGGCAUUUGAAUCGACAACCUACAAGGGGAAGUCGUCCUUCCAGACCUAUGCUGACUACCUGAAAUGGGAGACAUUCCUGCAGCAGCAACUCCAGCUCUUCCCAGAGGGCUCUGCUCUCCGGCACGGCUUCCAGACCUGUGAGCACUGGAAGCAGAUUUUCAUGGAGAUUAUAGGAGUGCAGAGUGCCCUGUAUGGUCUUGUCCUCUCUCUGGUCAUCUGUGUGGCUGCAGUGGCUGUGUUCACCACACACAUCCUCCUCCUGCUGCCAGUGCUGCUCAGCAUCUUAGGGGUCGUCUGCUUGGUGGUGACCAUCAUGUACUGGUCUGGCUGGGAAAUGGGAGCUGUGGAGGCCAUUUCCCUCUCCAUCCUCGUUGGCUCCUCUGUGGAUUACUGUGUGCACUUGGUGGAGGGCUACCUGCUGGCAGGGGAGAACCUGCCACUGCACCAGGCAGAGGACCCCCGGGCGUGCCGGCAGUGGAGGACCGUGGAGGCCGUGCGGCACGUGGGGGUGGCCAUCGUGUCCAGCGCCGUCACCACCGUCAUCGCCACCGUCCCGCUCUUCUUCUGCAUCAUCGCCCCCUUCGCCAAGUUCGGGAAGAUCGUGGCCCUCAACACGGGGGUGUCCAUCGUGUACACGCUGACUGUGAGCACGGCCCUGCUCAGCAUCAUGGGCCCCGGCACCUUCACCCGCAGCAGGACUUCCUGCCUCAAGGCCGUGCUGGGGGUGCUCCUGGCCGGCCUGCUGGGCCUCUGCGUCUGCCUCGCCCUGCUCAAGAGCGGGUUUAAGAUCCCUCUCCCCAACGGGACAGCCCUGUAGAACCCAGGCCAGGAGCCUCUGUCCUCUUGCUCUCCCUUUCUUUUUUUCUUUUCUUUUUAAAGGAUAUUUUUUGUAAAGAAAACAAAAGAGGAAAAAAAUCCCCUUUUUUUCCCAGAAGUUUUUCAACUCCAGAUGCACUUUAUUUUCUAAUGAGUUUUGCUCUAAACUUGUAUUUAUUUUGGGUAGUGACGGAUGGAUGACGGACAGUGAGGGCUGCCCAGGGAAUACCUCAGCCCGUGAGUAGGAGGGGAAGAGGUCUCCUUCUCUCAGUUUUCUUUCUGCUUUUCUUUUCUUUUUUUCUUAUCUUGUUCUUUUAAAUUUCUUUUUUUUUUUUUUUUAACCAACAGAGCUUUCUGGAACCGCAAAGCUAAAAGGGGAGAAGUUGGGAAGGCCAUCUGAUCCUUUAAAAAACACUUCCCUCUGUCUCUUCCCUCCCCUUGUCCAGGGUCAGCAUUGCAACGAUGGCUCUUGAGGUGAUGUCCUACCCCCAACUCCAAGCCUGUGCCUCUCUACCUGAGCCUUCAAGAACAGCAGUGAGCUGUUGGAAAGGCCUGGAGAACAGCAUUAUCUGGUUCUUUACCUGUACUCAAGCCAGACCAGCAGUGAACUCACUGCACAGGAGCUCUCAUGGGUGUCAUUGUGGGAUCCAAACUAGAGGUGCUGGGUGGCACCACCUUCUUUCAUCAUUCAGGGAGGGUGUUGGGACACAUGGCUUUCCCCUUCUUUCUGAGGGGACAGAGCACCUUUUGCUGGAGUCUCUUGGGUCUGUGAACAGCCAUCAAAAGCCUGCCCUCCCCUCCUUCCUCUCAGUAGUGAGGCCAAGGCAACAUCAAUGCCCAGUCCCUCCUGGUCACCUCACCAGUCACUGCCUCUGCCCUUCAUGGUGGAGAGGAAACAGCCCUUUGGUCACUGCAGUCAGCUCUUACUCUGAGGACCAGGAAACCCCUGGGUUACCCAGGUGGAGCCCAUACCUGGUGCCAUGCACAGCAUCCUCUGUGGCAGCUCAGAGACACCCUCCUGUGUGGGGACACGAGGGCAGAGGAGCUGCAGCUGCCGCCUGCUCCGAGCAGAUGGUUUAUAUUAAAGUAAAAUGAAAUCG